UUUCCUGAGUAAUUGAUUUAGGGGAUCACGACACGCUUUUUAUUCACGGCGCAUCGCAUACGGUUUUUUUAUUGGUUUUUUCAAACUUGGUGCUUGGGAAAUGGAUGAAAUGUUUAUGUUCGGAUAAAUCGAUUUUUAGUUUAGUUGGAUUGUGACUUGCGGUGUAGUAUGUGAUAGUCAAGACAACAUGACUGCUUCGUAUACGGAGAUUAUUUUGGCUGGUUGUAUACUAAUUUUGCCAUUCUUAUACGAAUCAAGCCAUGUAUUUCGAUAUCACUUGAAAUUUUUUUUGUAUUAUUCAAUUGUCAUGAUAAAUUCUGUUAUCCUUAUACCUGUAUUUUGUCUUAAUCCUUGGAAUGUACGCAAUCUUUUAGUGGCAUCGGAUUUUUGUCAUCACAUAUCUAGUUUGAUUGGAAUGAGAUGGAUUUUAAGAGGAAAGGAACAUUUAGAAAAAGAGCAAGCUGCUGUUAUUGUUUCCAAUCACCAAAGUUCUUUGGAUAUCUUAGGAAUCUUUGAUUUAUGGCGUGUGAUGGACAAGUGUACUAUUAUAGCAAAACAAGAACUAUUUUAUGCUUGGCCUUUUGGGAUUGCUGCUUGGCUGUGCGGGAUCAUUUUUAUACCGAGGGUAAAAUCGGACACUGCUAAGGCUGUUAUGAACGAAGCACUUAAAAAAAUUAAAGCUGAAAAGACAAAGUUGUGGAUAUUUCCAGAGGGAACUAGAAGAAACGACGGCAAAAUUCAUCCCUUCAAGAAGGGCGCCUUUCAUUUAGCCAUAUCAGGACAGUUACCUAUCAUCCCAGUGGUAUACAGUCGGUAUUACUUUUUAGAUAAAAGUGUUAAAAGAUUUGACCAUGGUAAAGUUCUAAUUACGGCUUUGCCGCAAAUAGAAACUAAAGGCAUGACUUUAGAUGACAUGGGGUCGCUAAUGGAAAAAGUAAAAAAUGUUAUAAGUACAACAUUUCACGAAACCAGUAAAGAAGUCGUAGAAGGUCUGAAUCCAAUCUCUAGUCAGAAGUAAAGUAAAAGACAUAUUUUACAUUGCAUUUAUAAGAUAAUAAAUAUUACAUUAUUUCUGAUUUCAAAGUAUCUUGAGUGAAAUACUAUGAUGAAAUUGGAAAGUUUUGAUAUAAGCACUUUGAGAGAAAGAUUUCUAAUAUUUUCCUACUUUUGGUAAGAAAUACUGUUCUCCUGUCAGUCUCGAACAAGUCAUUAAUAUUAUAAUAAAAUCGUGAAAAUUAAAAUUGUGCAAUGUUUCAAAGAAUAAGUUUGUUCUCGCUUUGAUGAAAUUGUUUCUGCUGCUGCUGAUAUUUUAUAUUUUUUAUGAUAGGUGCAAAAAUUUGUUUUUAACAAUGCAUCAAUUGUAAUCACAAAUAUUAGCAUUAUAUGUCAUUUCAUUUAGUAACAUUUUCAGAUUUUUUAAUGCAAAGUAUGUAUUCAUAUACAUAGAUACUACACUUGCAGGGGUAACACCAUCUUAAAAUUCUAAAAUAAAGAAUUUUUUAAUGGAAUGAAAAUUAAGAUGAAAAUAAUAUUCAAGGAUCUCAUUAACCAUGUCUUUAAGUUUAAAAAAUUAUUCAUAAAUGGGGCAAAAGAUCGACGCUGGAAUCAUUCUCGAAAGGCACGUUGCAUUUGAAGCGAUCUUGAGCAAAUUUGAAUUAGGAAAAAAACAAAACAAAAUUCUUUUAAUCUACAGUAGUAUGGCUAGAGGACAUAGGGGAUUUUAAAAACAUUAAUUUUUGUGUGAUUGGCGAGCAUUUGAAGUAAAAAGAUCAAUUUUUGGCAUAAAUAGUGUUAAAAUCAACUUAUCGAAAAUCCCUUAUGUGCUUCUCUUUGGAAUGUUUUUUAAAGACAUUGAUUAAAAUUUGGAGGUAAUAGAAUAAAAAAUGUUGGAAUUAUGUUGUGUGCCGUUAGAAAAAAAUCGUGUUUUUUGAAAAAAAAAAAACACCCAAACUUUUGAGGUAUACGCAAUACUAACGUUCUUUUGUUUCUAACGACAUCUGUCAUUAUAUUAAAGAAGCUAGAAAUCAAAAGUUCAUUAGACUGUAAGCUUCCAACAGGUAUCUAUGUGACGCAAGUAGUCGUUUCGGAACAGCCCGAUGCACUUGGGAGAGCCCGGAAUUUCAAAGAAAAAAAUUUUGUACUGGCAUAAAACUUUUUUCCUUAUUCUAGAAGGUUCAAGGCAUCUUUUAAAUAAAUGAAAAUCGGGAUUUUCUGAAAAUUAUAGUGGUUUUACCCCUCGAGUACACAAAAUGGUUAAACUGCGGUUUGUGUACAUAUCAAGUAUUUCUAUACAAUAUUUUUACAAAAAUUGUGUGCACCAUUAAAAAGUCAUGAAAAAUAACCCAUAAUUGACAGUAUUGAAUCAUAUUGAUUUUAGUCAAAAAAAAACGAAUGCAUUUUUUUAUAAAAAGUUAAGUCGCAUUACUGUGGUAUUUUAAAAUUGGACGUUUUUAUAUAAAAAAAGUUGGGGCAACUGUAUUUUCAAUAUCUAGUCAAUAUACUUUGAAAUUAAUUAUUUCUAGUGUCAUUUUCCAACACCAACGUUGUGAUUGGUCUAGUAUUCCUUUGGCUGUUAUUCAUUUCCCAAAUAUUUUUAUACCAUUAACUUGUUGACCGCCAUAAGUACAUUAAUUUUAUAGACUUUACAUUUAAAAAAUUAAGUGCUGUGUAAAGGCAGUCAGCUGGUUAAUAGGUUUUUACAGUUUUAAGUUUUUUUUUUAAAUGAUUGACUAUAUUAAUUUUAUAAUUUUUAUAUAUAGUAUUCUCCUUAAUAAGACAAUUAUAAGUAUUAUUUUAUAAAGCAAAAACGAAACUGCAUUAAUAUUGUGUUGUAUUAUUAGUUUGCAUGUUAUGAUAUUUUGAAGAGGUGUCACGUGUGGACUAUAAUCAAUUUUUACACCAUAAAUUGUAUCUUCUAUUUUAAACAGAAAAAGUCUGUAAAAAGUGUCUUAAAGCAAUUGUUUAGUAUCACCAAAAAUUUUCUAAGGAACUUUAUAAUUGUCAUACAUUUCAACAUCAUAAAAUUUAUAUGGCACUAAUUCCUUAGUUAUAAAUUUCUAUAUAUUUAGUGUUUGUUUAUGUACCCAGUUUAUAAAUAUAAAGCUUUUGUAAAA